AUGGCCCCUGGCCUGUCGGUGCGGGAGAUGAGGGAUGACGAGAAGUCUUUGGUACUGGAGAUGCUGAAGGCCGGCGUGAAGGACACAGAAAAUCGAGUGGCCCUGCACGCCCUAACGCGGCCCCCGGCCCUGCUCCUCCUAGCAGCAGCCAGUAGUGGCCUCCGCUUCCUGUUGGCCUCCUUCGCAUUGGCCCUCCUCCUGCCGGUGUUCCUGGCUGUGGCUGCUGUGAAACUGGGCCUCAGGGCCAGGUGGGGCUCGCUACCUCCACCUGGUGGCCUGGGGGGGCCCUGGGUGGCCGUGCGUGGCUCUGGUGAUGUGUGUGGCGUCCUGGCUCUGGCGCCUGGCACAAACGCAGGGGAUGGGGCCCGGGUCACUCGCCUCUCUGUUUCCCGGUGGCACCGCCGCCGCGGUGUGGGCAGGAGGCUGCUAGCCUUCGCUGAGGCUCGGGCCCGCGCCUGGGCAGGGGGCAUGGGUGAACCACGGGCCCGUCUCGUGGUCCCGGUGGCUGUGGCUGCCUGGGGGGUGGCAGGAAUGUUGGAGGGUUGUGGGUACCAGGCAGAUGGAGGCUGGGGCUGUAUGGGCUACUUGCUAGUGCGGGAAUUCAGCAAAGACCUGUGA